AACAAGUGCACUUCAUUCCAAACACAGCAGUGUUGUCAAGGACGCUCUGGACAGAAUAACCACAUAGAGUUAACAUCAGGCCACCAUGUAUCUGCUCAAAGCUGGAAUCACACCACCACCACUACUGCUGCUGCUACUGAUGAUGAUGAUGAUGAUGAUGUUUGGACCAUCAUACAGUGCACCUCGCUCAUUCAGCAUAGAUUACCAGAAUGACUGCUUUCGGAAAGACGGGGAAGUGUUUCGUUACAUAUCAGGAGGGAUCCAUUACUUCAGGAUCCCAAGAGUCUACUGGAAAGAUCGACUGCUCAAGAUUUACAUGGCAGGACUGAACGCCAUCCAGACGUACGUUCCUUGGAAUUUCCACGAGGAGGCUCCAGGAAAGUACAACUUUAAUGGCGACAGGAAUUUGGAAUAUUUCCUUCAGUUGGCACACGACAUUGGUUUAUUGGUCAUCCUUCGACCGGGACCAUAUGUAGCUACAGAAUGGGACAUGGGUGGGCUGCCUGCCCGGCUUCUCAAGAAGAAAGAUAUUGUGCUGCGGAGUUCAGAUCCAGAUUACCUUGCAGCAGUAGACAAGUGGAUGGGGAAGUUACUGCCCAUGAUGAAACCUUAUCUGUAUCAGAAUGGUGGUCCCAUCAUCUCUGUACAGGUGGAGAAUGAAUAUGGCAGCUACUUUGCUUGUGAUUACAACUACCUGCGUCACCUGAGCAAACUAUUCAGGCAGCACCUGGGAAACGAGGUGGUGCUGUUCACCACCGAUGGCAGCAGUCGUCUCAAAUGUGGAACAAUACGAGAUUUCUACGCCACUGUAGACUUUGGUCCUGGUAAAAAUGUAACCGCUUGCUUCGAAGCACAGAGACGCGCUGAACCUCAUGGGCCUUUGGUCAAUUCUGAAUAUUAUACCGGUUGGCUGGACCACUGGGGAUCACCUCACGCUGUUGUUACAACUAGCCAAGUCACCAAGUAUCUGAACCAGAUCCUGGCCACAGGAGCAAAUGUCAACAUGUACAUGUUCAUAGGAGGAACAACCUUUGGAUACUGGAAUGGUGCAAAUACACCGUAUGCUUCUCAGCCCACAAGCUACGACUUCAACGCCCCGCUCACAGAAGCAGGAGACCUCACAGAGAAAUACUUUGCCAUCAGAGAAGUGAUCAGAAAGUACCAUAAGAUACCAGAGGGACCAAUACCACCCUCAACUCCGAAGUACGCAUAUGGUGCUGUAAAGAUGAAACAGCUCCAGACGUUAACAGAUGUCUUAAAUAAGCUGUGUUUUUCUACGCCGGUUAAAAGCCCGUUUCCUCUCACUUUUCCUGACUUGAACCAGGCUUUUGGUUUUGUGCUCUAUAGGACAAUUCUACCUGUUGACUGCAGCACACCAACCCCACUGUCAUCUCAGAAUGGAGUUCACGACAGAGCAUAUGUGUCCAUAAAUGGGGUGGCUGUAGGGAUUCUGGAAAGGGACAAAGUCCUGACUAUAAAUGUGACCGGGAAGGCUGGCAGUCAGAUGGACAUUCUGUUGGAGAACAUGGGACGAAUCAAUCAGGGAAAAUACAUCAACGACUUCAAGGGUCUGGUGUCUAACCUGACUCUGGGGAAGGACACACUCACGGACUGGACCAUGUAUAGUCUCAGUAUAGAUGAAGCCAUCAAUCAGGGCCUCCUCACGGGAACAGAGCCCACACCAGCAGACCCUCCUCAGCCAGUUGCUCUCUUUCCUCCCACUUUUUACAGAGGGAGCUUCAUCAUCCCUGACGGCAUCCCAGACCUGCCUCAGGACACCUACAUCAAACUGCCCAAAUGGAGAAAGGGCCAGAUCUGGAUCAACGGCUUCAAUCUGGGACGUUACUGGCCAGUUCGAGGCCCUCAGGUGACACUCUUUGUUCCUGCCCACAUCCUCAGCACAGCUGCACCCAACAACGUAACAGUCCUGGAGCUGGAAAAUGCUCCAUGCAGCUCAGGGCCGUGCAUUGUGGAGUUUACCGACACCCCAAUCAUCAAUGCAACCAUCCCCUCCGACUACAAACAGCGCUGGGGCCUAUUUGAUAAAGAGGAUUUUUUGGGAUGAUUAGAGGAAUCACUGCUGCUAAAAAUGUAUUGAUUCAUACUACUGGCUCCACAACCAGGUUAUUAUGGGAUAAGAUGUCAGUUGUUGAAACUGUUGGACUGUGCCAACAACAACUAUGGGUGUAUCUACAGUAUCUCACCCUCCAUCCAUUAUUUUCGAUUAAUCUGUCAAUUAUUCUGUCGAUAUUAAUCGAUUAAUCGUUUGGUCC